CAACAAGACCCACGAGCACACCCAAUCGUGCUAGGUCCUAGCAUCCCCGAUUGCUCUGGAUACUUCUUCGACUGCAUUUUCCUCUCCGGGAUCCUUUCUCUCCCGCAAAGGAGACACCUACCUCUAGAGUUCGUCGACGCGACGCAUCACCUCGCCUGUGAACCUUUUCCGGCCCUUCUCGACUCCCCAUCCCAGCAAGAUGGCUUCCCUUGGUGAGGACUUGCUCGGAAUCGUCAACAAGCUUCAGGAUCUGGUCUUCAACACUAUCGGCAAUGAUAGCUUGGAUCUGCCUCAGAUUGUCGUCGUUGGAUCACAGUCUUCAGGGAAAUCCUCAGUCCUCGAGAACAUUGUCGGACGAGACUUUUUGCCCCGUGGCAGUGGCAUCGUAACUCGGAGACCGCUCAUUCUACAGCUCAUCAACGUCCCGGCCGAGGACGAUGCAGCCGACCCGCACACAGCGGCCAGCGUUGCCACGCAGCCAGAAUGGGCAGAGUUCCACCACUUGCCCAAUCGAAAAUUUACAGACUUUCUAGAGGUGAAACGCGAAAUUGAGAACGAAACGGCCAGGAUAGCUGGAAAUAACAAGGGUAUCAACCGACAACCAAUAAAUCUCAAAAUCUACUCCCCUCACGUCUUGAGCUUAACACUGGUUGAUUUACCUGGUUUAACAAAGGUUCCUAUUGGAGACCAGCCCACGGAUAUCGAAAAGCAGACUCGGAACCUUAUUUCGGAAUACAUCGCAAAACCGAACAGCAUUAUACUGGCAGUAUCCCCUGCCAACGUUGAUAUUGUGAAUUCAGAGGCACUGAAGCUUGCACGGCAUGUCGACCCCCUUGGCCGGAGAACCAUCGGUGUUCUUACAAAGAUUGAUCUUAUGGACCAUGGUACGAACGCAUUGGAUAUUCUCUCGGGACGGGUGUAUCCUUUGAAACUUGGCUUUAUCGGCGUUGUGAAUCGAUCACAACAAGAUAUCCAGGGGAAUAAAUCACUGUCCGAGGCCUUGAAAUCAGAGGCAGAGUUCUUUAAACAUCACCCAGCAUACCGAAACAUGGCCAACAGAUGUGGUACCCAAUACUUGGCCAAGACCUUAAACACAACAUUGAUGGCGCACAUUCGCGAAAGAUUGCCCGAUAUAAAAGCGCGGCUGAACACAUUGAUGGGUCAAACACAGCAGGAGCUGGCUAGUUACGGGGACAUGCAUUUCAGUGGAAAAGAACACCGAGGAUCCUUGGUGUUGCAAUUAAUGACUCGCUUUGCCUCUUCCUUUAUCUCCUCGAUAGAUGGUACUUCCACAGAAAUAUCCACCAAGGAACUCUGUGGAGGUGCUCGCAUUUACUACAUCUUUAACUCGGUUUUUGGAAACUCCUUAGAAACGAUAGACCCGACAACAAAUCUUUCAGCACUUGACAUCCGAACAGCAAUCCGAAAUUCCACUGGACCACGACCGAGCCUUUUCGUUCCCGAACUUGCUUUUGACCUCUUGGUCAAACCACAGAUCAAGCUCCUGGAAAUUCCUAGCCAGAGAUGCGUCGAGCUUGUCUAUGAGGAGCUUAUCAAGAUUUGCCACACUUGUGGUUCAACAGAACUGACACGGUUCCCUAGAUUGCAAGCCAAGCUCAUUGAAGUCGUGUCAGAUCUCCUCCGCGAACGUCUGGGCCCUGCGUCUUCAUACGUAGAAUCUCUAAUUUCAAUUCAGAGAGCAUACAUCAACACUAAUCACCCUAACUUCCUCGGCGCAGCAGCUGCUAUGAGCAAUGUGGUGAGCAACAAGCAAGAAAGAGAGAGAAAAAGGCUUAUCCAGGAGGAACGGGAGAGGCGAGAACGGAGAAAGCAGAAAGAACUGGGCGCUGCGAACGGGACCGAAGCCCCUGAAGAUGAAGAGGAACCCGGCACUGAGAAGAUAGAGAACCUACCUCAUCGAAAACAUGCUCAUAAGGGGGCGCGUAGCUCCUCCCCUGCAGUUCGCGAGAAUGGCACAAGCGGCAUUGCUGCUACGAUGAAUGGCGCCAGAUCUGCAUCCCCAACCAGAUUCAAUAAGGAGGCUGCGGGCGGUGCCCGUGACUCCUUCUUAAACUAUUUCUUUGGCAAGGAUGGCGGUUUGCAAGCCGGCGGGAUUGGUACUGGACAAAGCAUACCUCCAAUACAAAAUCCAAACUUGAAUAGACAUGUCAGUCAAAGCACAGAGCCUAGUUUCAGUCAGAGCAUCCGAAGGCAGGAGGAACGUAUCGUCUCAAGAACUCCAGCUCAGCAAGCACGGGAAGACAAUUAUGAACUUGGAAGAGCACAGAGAGAUUCUGAUUACUCGUCGCCAUUUGGCAACAGCGAUGAGCCAGCCCUUACGGAUCGUGAGGCUAUGGAAACAGAGCUGAUUCGAGCCCUGAUCUCAUCGUACUUCAACAUUGUCCGUGAAUCAAUAGCGGAUCAAGUUCCAAAAGCGGUCAUGCACCUUUUGGUCAACCACUCGAAGGAUGUGGUCCAGAACCGAUUGGUCAGUGAGCUGUACAAGGAAGAGCUUUUUGAAGAACUCCUCUACGAAGACGACGCAGUCAAGAAAGAACGUGAGAAAUGCGAGAAGCUGCUUAAGACGUAUAGAGAGGCUGCUAAGAUCGUGGGCGAAGUCGGGAUAUAAUGACUAUGGAUAUGGAAGCAAGGGGUUUGUUCGAUUAGGUCGUUCCAUGAUGGCGCACUCAUUAUGGAGGACGAGAGAUGACGAUUGUAGAAUAUCAUGUAUUGUCGUUGUGCCGCUUAGGAGGGAUUUGUAACCUGUUCUAACACUACUUGGUGGCACUUUUACAGGUCUGGGGCCAUCCGAGACCAUGUUUUUAUACAAAGAAAGCCGAUCUGCUCAG